AUGACGACCGUUCAGUCCACAUCGAGAUAUCGUAUCAUCGAAAUUGCAACACCUUGCUUCUUAUUUCUUAUAAGGUUACGAUGCUUGCAGUGAUGUGGUACGAAAGCAUUCCUCAAUACCAGCCACUCUCAACAUGCAUUCAAGCAGUUUUGCAGUCGUGCUGAUUGCUGUUACUGUACCUGCUCUUGCGCAGUCCGGGGCCUGGGCCCAAUGCGGUGGGGACAGCUUUUCUGGACCUAAGACUUGCACGUCAGGAUACUACUGCGCGAAGCUGAACGAUUUCUACUCGCAAUGUCAACCUGGAGCAGCCAUAUCCGCACCUGCCAGCGCCAUCCCAGCUCUAUCCUCGACUAGUUCAAGAGUCCCAUGGUGGUUCGGUAUCAAUCUAUCCGGCGCGGAGUUCGGGGAAGGUAAGUUUCCCGGCGACUACGGCAUCGACUACACCUGGUACAACAAAUCCACCAUCGACACUUUGAUCUCGGUGGGCAUCAAUCAUUUACGUGUCAACUUCCUCAUGGAACGCCUUACGCCAGGUUCCCUGACUGGUGCUUUCGACCCAUACUAUCUCGGAAAUCUGACUGAUCAAAUCGAUUAUAUCACCAGCAAGGGUGCAUAUGCUAUGGUACAACCACACAACUAUGGCCGCUUCUAUGACGAAAUCAUCACCGACACCGCAGGCUUCAAGACCUGGUGGUUGAAUGUUGCAAGACUGUACAAGGAUAAUGAUAAAGUUGUCUUUGACAUCAACAAUGAAUUCUAUGACAUGGACCAGCAACUCGUCUUCGAACUCAAUCAGGCCGGUAUCGACGGCAUUCGUGGUGCUGGUGCUAACAAGCAAUGGAUCACACCUGAAGGGAACUCGUGGACGGCGGCCUCAACGUGGGUGUCUAGCGGUAAUGGCGCGAGUUUAGUGAAGUUAGUGGAUCCAAGCGACAAGCUGAUUUAUCAGAUGCAUCUGUACCUUGACACGGAUGCCUCAGGCAAUGAUCAAACAUGUGUUAGCGGAACAAUCUUUGAAGAACGUCUCGUCGCGGCGACAACUUGGUUGAGAGAGAACAAGAAGCUGGGCUUGAUUGGCGAGUUUGCAGGAGGUGCAAACGAGCUGUGCAUUCAGGCGUUUAUUGGCGGUCUGAAGUACCUCAAGGCAAAUCGUGAUGUGUGGACCGGACAUAUGUGGUGGGCUGCUGGGCCGUGGUGGGACGGUUACCCCUAUAGUAUGGAGCCGCUGGUUGGUAUUGCAUACACCGACGUCCUACCCAAGAUUCUGCCGUACGUAUAG